AAGAAGUUUUGUCUGAGAAACAACAACCUGUCCGGAAUUUCUCUCCAUUCUCAAGUAUUUCAGCAAGCGAAUUUACCUGCAACUUGAAGUUCUUCUUCUUCACUCUCACUCACAACCAUCGACCACCAGACUGCCUUACUUUCGGCGUAAACAAGCAUUGCACUUCACGUUGUCCAUUUCAAACUACCCGUUCACCAACUACGUCACACAAAAUGCCUCGUGUCAAGUACAUCCUCCUCGACUGCGACAACACUCUCUGCAAGUCAGAGCGUCUCGCCUUCGAAGCAUGCACCGACUUGACCAAUGAAGUCCUUGAGAAGUGGGGCAAGUCUGAGCGAUACACCGUCGACCAGCUGCUCGAGGACUUCGUCGGCCACAACUUCCGUGGCAUGCUCGUGGGUCUCCAGAAAAAGCAUGGCUUCUCCAUGACUCCUGAGGAGGUUGAUGCCUACGUCGACCGUGAGCUUGGAGCCGUCACUGCCAAACUGAGCGAGAAGUGCGAGCCUUGCCCUAAUGUUCUGGAGCAGCUUGAGUGGGCCAAGAAGGAGGGCUAUCCCAUGUCCGUCGUCAGUACCUCCGCCAAGCCUCGUGUCGUUGCCAGUAUCAAGAAGGUCGGCAUCGACCACUACUUCCCCGAUGAGCACGUCUAUAGCGCUGCCACGUCUAUGGAGAAGCCUUCCAGCAAGCCAGACCCCGCCAUCUACAACUUCGCUUGCGAGAAGCUCGGCGUCGCCAACAAGGACACCCUCACUGUCGAGGACAGUAAGAGUGGUGCUACUGCUGCGAUGCGAGCUGGCAUUCCUCUCAUUGGCUACGUCGGCAUCUACGGCAUCGAGGAGGGUAAGGAGAAGAUGGACCAGAUGGCCAAGAUCCUCACUGAGCAGUGCAACGCUGCUGUCAUCAUGUAUGACUGGAAGGAGUUCCCCGACUGUGUCAAGAAGAUUGAAUCCAUGUUGUAAGUCGACCACCGCUUCUAUCACACUCUCGGCGACUCCCUACGAGGAUGUCUCAACAGGCAGCGAUGCUUAGCUGGUUCAGGAGCCAUGGAAAGCCACUGGCAAAUAGGUUAUGAUCUUGAUGAAUGAUGAGGUAAUAGAUUCUGGCGCGGAAUCGAUGAAUACCAAAAUGGUGCAACUAGAUAGCCUAAUAGAGCUGUUCACUACUCCCCGUUGAGAUCACUUACCACCAAGUCAUGUGGGCGCGCGUUGUAUGAUGUUGCAUCAAUUGAAAUACAGUUCAACAGCCA